AUGCAGCAACGUCGAGAUGAAAUCCUUGCGAAAAAGGCCAAGCUUGCGGAACUCAAGCGACAGAGAGAACUUCGAGCUAGCCAGGCCAGUGCUGGCCGCCCAAGCCUAGGUGGCGGUGAUUUAAUAUCGCCGACUCCUAGUAGAGCAGACAACCGCCGCGAAAUCGAAUCUCUCAUCAACAGUCUAGUUGGCGAGAGCCGACCUGGCUCAACAACGACGGGAGGCGCCGCAUCCCCUGGUGGCCCUCGUGCCAGCAGACCGAACAGCGUCCUAAGUGCAGGAGAACUUAGCAACGAGACAUCCGAGUCCGCAGCAGUCUCGGUUGCCGCUCCUCCGCCACCACAACUCAGCACAGCACCUCUGACGACGGUAUAUGAGUGUCCACCAUCUCCGGUCAAGGAGGUCUUUUCCUACAGCAAAGGCGUUCAGACUUCAGACGAAUGGCCCCCGCCAGCGAGACACCGAUCGCAGUCAACCGUGUCAGUUAGCGAUGACUUGACGGGGACCACAAACUCGCCAAAUAAGAGGCAAAGUAGGAGAGAAAGAGAUAGGGAGGAGGAGUUACGCCAGAAGAUUCGUGAGGAAGUAGAGGACGAGCUGCGAGCAGCCAAAGAGUCUCUUGCUGACGGCACUGCCACGGCACUACCAGCGUCAUCCGCCAACUAUCCAUCCAGAGAGUUGACUGUAGAGGAGUUGGAGGCUGUUACACGGUCUGAGGCAUUUGUUGACUUUCUUGACCAAUCUACCAAGGUCAUCGAACGAGCCCUUGACCAGGAAACCUACGAUAUUUUGACAGAUUAUGCCUUGCAGGGCAAGGAUCAGGAUGAAGAUGAUGAAGAAAGCGGUAACACUGGCGGCCGUGGCUCGCAUAGGAUAAAGGAAGUCGCUCAGUUCUUCGACGAUCGAUGGUCAAAAAAGCGAAUGAUUAGCGGCAUUGAUUUCUCCCCAAAGUUUAGUGAGUUAUUGCUCGCAUCGUAUACCAAGAACCCCACGGCGCCUCACGAACCCGACGGCCUUGUUCAAGUUUGGAACACGCAUAUGCACGACCGCCCCGAAUAUGUUUUCACCGCCCAAUCCGAUAUUCUCACUGCGAAAUUCUCUCCCUAUCAUCCAAACUUAAUCAUUGGCGGAUCCUACAGCGGACAAGUUCUUCUCUGGGACACGAGAGCGAAAGCUGCUCCUGUGCAAAAGACUCCACUGACGGGGUACGGCCACGCGCACCCUAUUUACUCUGUCAACAUUGUCGGAACGCAGAAUGCGAACAACAUCAUCUCCUGUUCAACGGACGGCGUUGUCUGUGGGUGGAGUAUGGACGUCUUCGCGCAGCCGCAAGAGCUUCUGGAACUGAAGAAUCCCAGCCAGGCCAAAGUGGCUGUGGAGGAUGUCAGCCCAACAUGUGUGUCUUUCCCUCAAACAGACCCUACGUUCUUUCUUGUUGGAAGUGAAGAAGGUACAAUCUUUCCAUGCCAUAGAUACGACCGGGCUGGCGCCAAGGCUGGAGUAGAUAAGAAGAUCAGCUACAAGGGUCACACAGCUCCCGUCAUGUCUGUUGAUUUCCAUCCGUCCCGCGGCCCCAUCGACUUGGGGGACUUGAUUAUUUCAUCCUCGCUUGACUGGAGCGUGAAGCUCUGGAAGGUUCGUGCGCCAGCCGCCACCUCUACAAUUGGGGCAGGGGAUGGCAGUGUUACACCACUAAUUGACUUCGUCCGGGAAGAUGUUGUGUAUGAUGCCAAGUGGUCGCCAGUGAAGCCAAGCGUCUUUGCUCUGGUCGAUGGCGCUGGAUGGUUAGAACUCUGGGAUAUUGCGGUGGAAACUGAAGAGCCCAUCUCACGAAUCUCCCCUAGUCAGCGCCAAGACGGGAGAACGAUGCUCUCCAAGAGCUUGAACAAGCUGGCAUGGGAGCCAAACGAUGGCAAGCGGUUGGCUACUGGCGGCAUAGAUGGUUCAUUGACAGUGUUUGAAGUAGGUAGUGGCUUGGGUGGCAAGGAGGGAUUGAAGAAUGAGGAAUGGACCAAUGUCAAAAAGUUGGUGAAUCGAGUCGAAGCAGUUGGCUUGAAUGGGGCUAUGAUGGUGUAG